AUGCUGACCCGGCUCGCCGCAAGGCCGGCGGUCCGGUUCACAUCCGCCGCGAACCCCGACGCGGUUCGGCAACGUCUUUCGUGCACCGAUUACGACGACGACGCCUGCCGGGCUGCUCUGCGCGGGGAAGCGGUGCCUUGGAACCUCGGGAACAACGUGGCUCGCUGUGCCCUCGUGAGCGGCAUCCGUCUUCACGUCGAGCUUGCCCAGUCAGCCGAGGUGGGCGAACUGGAAAAGUUCUCCGGCCAGGAGAUUGUUGGCCGCGCACGCAACGCGCGGCGGAUCAUGAGUAACAGGAUCCCCCCCGCGGAGGCCAUCGAGGACGAGGACCGCCACCCCUACUGCAUCUGGUACCCCGAUCUAGCCACCGAGGCUACCUACGAGCACCUCGCCAUGAGCUACCCCGACCUGCGCUACCAGAUCGGCCGCGCGUGUGCCGUCGCCGGCUACGACCAACUCUACUACAAACUCAACCUCCUCCCCGACGUCUCCAUCACCGAAGAAGCCCGCGAAAACCGCACCAACCCCGGCGCCCAACACAUCUACCAACACAUCAUGGCCGCGCCAGUCCGCUACCGCGUCAUGGACGACGCCACCCUCACCAUCCACCUGCACACCCCCCCCUCCCUCCCCAGCCUUCCUCGACGGCGACACCGCCGUGGUCACCACCCUCCCCACCCUCCGCCGCGGCUACGCCCCCACCUUCCACCCGGACCCGCACUACCCCAACCUCACCGAAGACUGGAACGUCGCCGAAACACCCCCGCCCACCACCGAACCCCCCCUCCUGACCCCCGCCGCCGCGGCCCUCUUCUACUCCCCGCUUCCCUCCCGACCUCCCCACCCUCUCCAAAACCCUCCUCACCCUGCACGCCGCGGCGACGGGCAACGUCGAUCGCUACGCGCGCCUGCGCACGCGCGAGGUGCUGCCGCUUGGAGCGAGGGAGCAGACGAGGGGGGUGCGGUUUGAGGCGGGGGGGGAUGGCGAGGGUGAUGGCGAGCAGGAUGGUGGUGGGGAGGGUGUGCGUGCGCGCGUGCAUUGCGGCCGGGUACCAGAAGGUGUAUGAAGCAAUUAUGAACAUGGAGCCAGCUGUGCUUCCCGAUAAGCUGAUGAUGGCAGAGGCGAAGGCCGCGGGGGAUGGGGGGCGGUACUAUCGGAACGAUCUAACGGAGCGGGCAGAAGCUCUGGGAUUGAAUGUAGCGUCGUUGCCGCUUUGUGAGGGGUAUGAGCAUUGGAUGGAGGCGCCGUCGCCGUGGGAGCGGGAGCGGCAGUUGGUUUGCCCACCCCCGCGGUUUCUUAGGGACACGGAGUAUGAGCUGCGGAAUACAGGGGAGUCGGAGUGGGAUUAUGGCUUUUUUGAUGGCUUUGACGUUACGCUAGAGAGCAUCAACUGCUUUAUAAGCAGUGAGGAGGCGUACCGGAGGGCGAAGCUCGGGUUGGGGACAUAG